AUGCAAACGACGCUGUUUCGACGGCUCGCUCCAUCGUUGGCAGCACGAUUUCAACGCAACGAGAAUCUUAUAAGCGCUUUUUCUUCUUUAUCUUCUUCUUCGGUUCUUCAUCAUGCUACGUCUUCGUCGUCUUCUUCUGCUGACGUGGAACCCGUUCACAUAACGGAAAACUGCGUUCGAAGAAUUAAGGAACUGGACUCUAAUGAACCAUCAGCUGCUGGAAAAAUGCUUCGGUUGAGUGUAGAAACAGGCGGAUGUUCGGGUUUUCAGUAUGCUUUUAAUCUGGACGACAGAGUCAACUCAGACGAUAGGGUUUUCGAGAAGGAAGGUGUUAAAUUGGUUGUUGACGAUAUUUCGUAUGACUUUGUUAAAGGCGCGACUGUUGAUUAUGUCGAGGAGCUAAUCCGUUCGGCUUUCGUAGUGACUGAGAACCCCAGUGCAGUUGGCGGUUGUAGCUGUAAAAGUUCCUUCAUGGUGAAACAGUAG